UCGAGUGUCGACGACGUGUUGUAGAACUAGAUCUGCACAGAAAAUAGAAAUUAAUGAAUAUUUGUGUCCCAAGAAUUGUGUUUCAUACCGUAAAGUAAUAUAUUUUUAAAUUAACUAAUUAUGGUUAUUUUGGUAGAAGAAGCUGGUGAUAAUAUACAAGCAAUGGGAGAAGAAAGUGACAUAAAAGAAGAAAAUAAGAUUUUAAGUCCAAUUUCCUUAGAAAUAUUUCGGGUUAUCAAGGAUGCCCAACAACAACAUGGUCUUAGACAUGGAGACUACCAACGCUACAGAGGAUACUGUUCCCGUCGCAUAAGAAGACUUCGUAAAGUUCUUAAGAUUCCACAGGGAGACAGGCGGCACUAUCGUCGGCGAGACGUAACUGCCGCGCAUUUGACGUCAUCGAGUGGUGAAAACCGUUUGCUGCGCAUUCCUUUGCUGCAAGCCGAGCGAGCUUGGGCGCAUGCCAUGCAACUACGUCAGGAGUCAAACACGGAACCACGAAAGAAGUUCCAUCUAAUUUCGCGCCUCAAGAAAGCCUGUGCACACGCCCAAAUGUUAUUGCAGCUGUGUGAGCAAAGUGGUGUGUGCGAGGCGCGCACGCAGCUUGAAGCGGGCGCGUACGCAGCGUGUCUGAGCGGUCUGCUAUUGGUCGAACUACAGCAAUGGCGGCCGGCUGCGGAGAGCUUGAACCGCGCACAGAUUGUCCUGGAGAAACUGAGCGCUACGUUACCGGAGGACGAACGAUUAGUUUAUAAGCAGAAAGUUGAAGAGUUGAAGCCAAGUCUGCGAUACUGCGCGUACAAUAUCGGCGAUGAAUCCGCAGCGGGCGAUCUGGUCGCUAUGCGCGGCCAAGGACUUAUCGAGAACUUGGACACAUUGAUGGCUCAGGCAAAGGAAUCCCGUUCUGGAGUCAUGCAUGAGGUCGAGUGGCGCGGACGUCGUGUUACCGUCCGCCCAGAGAAGGUUCGACUGUUCCUGAUCGCGCUACAGGAUCUCGACAAGUCUGUGGCCAACGCUCCCACCUUUCAAGCGAAGAUUGACAUAUUGGAGAACAUUCUGAUGGACUGCAAGGACGCCAUAACCGCCAUCAAAGACGAGAUAAAGAUCGACCCCAAGCUGAAAUCAAUAUCCGAGACUCAAAUGUCUGGAAUUAGCUAUUUGCUAUCAUACCUGAUGUAUCUACGUCUCGUAAGAACAAUUGAGAGGAACAAUCUUAUGAUACAGCAGGCGGAAGAGGCGCGGAAAAAUAACGCGCAAAUGGACGGCAAAAAAGUUCGUCCUCAAGACCUAACAAGACUGUACGAGAUAAUUCUGCAGAAUUACACAGAAUUGCAACAAAUUCCUGGCUUUGAGGCAGAUGUUGGAUAUCAAAAGGAGAUAGAGAUUGAGGUGAAGGCGUACAAAGCGUUCCGCUGUUAUUAUAUAGCUCAAGUGUUGACUGGAUUGAGGCGUUUUAGGGAAGCACUGGCAAUGCUGGAACGUUGCAGUGUCUACACCACAGAGUCUCUUGCUGAAAAACAACUUAGUAAACAUUUAUUGGAAAAACUGCGCGCUUUGGAAAAUGAUAUUGAAAGUUGCAAAUUUGAAGUUCAUGCAGAUUCAGUGCUCGAGGACGAGGAUGAUGAUGAAGAAACUAAGUUCACGGGACGGACAUACAAAGAGAAGAAACCUUUGGUGGAUCGCUUAGACGAGUAUCGCGAGGAUACUCAAGUGCUUACUAAGAAUCCGAAUAUUUAUAGAUUGCCUCCCCCGAUGGAAGCGAUUCCCUGCAAGCCUCUGUUCUUUGACUUAGCGUGCAAUUUCAUUGAAUUUCCUAACUUGGAUGAUAAGACUGGGGUUGAUAAGAAACAGGUUUCCGGAAUUACUGGACUUGUUAAAGGAUUUCUGGGUUGGGGUAAAGGAGAUAAGUAAAAAUCAGCGAUAAAUAUAUUUAAUGGAUCGUAGUAUAACACUGUAUAAAAAAUAAACAAAAGUGAGAGAGAGUUUUGUUCCAUUGAACAUCAUUAUUAUAAUUGGCAGUUGUCAAAAUUUUUACAAUUUACAGAUAAAAUAAAUAGGUUGUCACAAUAAAAGCUAUUAAAAGUUG